CACGAACUCCCGUUCUCCAUUUCCAGCCAUGGCGGUGUCGAUCGAGCUCACCAAGGAGUACGGCUACGUCGUGCUGGUGCUGGUGGCCUAUGUCUUCCUCAACCUUUGGAUGGGCUUCCAGGUCGGCAAGGCCCGCAGAAAGUACAAGGUGUUCUACCCCACCAUGUACGCCAUCGAGUCGGAGAACAAGGACGCCAAGCUCUUCAACUGCGUGCAGAGGGGGCACCAGAACUCUCUAGAGUGGAUGCCCGUUUUCUUCGUCAUACUGCUGCUGGGCGGUCUGCAGCACCCGACCAUCGCCGCCGGUCUGGGCGGCAUCUACAUCGUCGCGAGGUUCUUCUACUUCAAGGGAUACGCCACCGGCGUUCCGGACAACCGUCUCAAGAUUGGGUAAGUUUGCUUCCGUAGUGAGGCUUUGCGUCAGAUGCAGAAGAUGCUGAUAAAAUUAUGAGAUCUCCACGCACUUGCAGAAAACGUAAAUCAUAUAGCGGAGAAUUAACAGAGUUUAACUUGUUUCGGUUUGUUAUGAAAUAUCAGUCUCCAACUCUCCAUGAAAAUGUAGAGUACCGGUAGUCGUAUACUCGUACAAAUCGUCUCCACCAAUUGCACUCUACGCCUUUAAAAGUGAGGCACACGUUAUCACACAAUUUCUUUUUCUGCCUUGUUUACGUGGUACGAAGCUUCUGCUAUAUUCUAUGGUUUCCUGAAUGCUGGUAGUGGGCAGGUAGCCAGUGCUCGAUAGUCGGUAACGGUAGUUAACGAUAGCGGAACCCCAUUAAGGUUUAUGAAUUCAUUUAUUGAUGAAUUCAUCUGUUGAUGCAUCAAGUGACUGUUGAAAUGGCGCAUGCUUUUUAGAAAUUUUAAUUGAGCCUUUGUGCUGAAUUUCUGCACCAUAGCGUCCUUCUUUUUCCCCCUCGAGGCCCUAGCUAGCUACUUGUCUGGUCAAACUGUCCAGCCUCUCAAUGUUCACACAAGUCAUUGCUGUGGCCUGAGACUUUGUGGCCGGUUACACCGGUAGGUGAAUUGUAAUUCACAUGUUUGGACCACAGCUGAUUUGAUUUGCUAGGAGGUCAGUCAACCGCUGUUCAGCAUGGUCAGUGGGAAUGGCAAAUUGUAGUCCUGUAGGGUUUGUCCUGACCUAACCACUUCUGGUUUAGGUAGAAUGUCCUCAGAUGAGUAAUACAAGGAUGGCGUGUGCUAAACGGUUCCUCUGAAAGUUUGUGGCUUGCGAUGCCCACUAAUGAUGUACAUUCGGUCAACUCUCACCUAAUGAUGUGGAGUAGCCUUAAAUGUCUGUUGAUUUUAUUGCACACUUUUUAAGUUGUUCAAUGUGCUUCUGUUGAUUUUAUUGCACACUUUUUAAGUUGUUCAAUGUGCUUCUGUUCUCUUGGCACUCAACUUUGUCAAAAAAUUCUAGUUCAAAUAAUUCAGGUCCUGUUUGUUCAUAUUUUAUGGCAGUACCUUGCUUUGCAGUAUUAGCUUCACCAUUUGUAGCUAACUUGAUUGUUCGAGCAUAUGGCCAUACAAAACACUAUUUUACGCUGAAUAUUGCUUUGUUUAUAUAGUGGAGUUUAAAAUAGGAGAUUUGGAUGAGUAAGCUGCUGAAGAUAACCUUAGACAUUGCAAAUUCUAAUCCCACCUGGCUGCCUUUAUUAGUGACUAUCAGGAAGCCCUCUGAUUUGUGUUGCAUGUUGUGGUCCCCACUUGAACGAGAAUGUUAUCUGAAGUUGUAGCAAAUGACAUCUGUUAGAUCACACAUUCACACCUCAUCAUUGUUGCUAUUAAUUCAUGCCAUCUAUCAUUAGUAGUGGUCGCAAGUUCCUACUGAUUGAGUUGCUUGUGGUGCGUGCUGCAGGGGGCUCAACUACUUGGCGUUGCUUGGGCUGAUCAUUUGCACAGCAUCUUUCGGCAUCAACCUGCUCAUCAGGGAGAUGCUCUAAACUUUGGGUUUAUAUGUGAGCUCCAGGCUGGGUUAACCGCACAAGUUACUCAUGGUCUGAGCAUCAAAACUUUGUGAUACUAGUCGUUUGGGGUUUUAUAGUGGAGUUAUCGUUUCUUUCUUUGUCUGUGUGUUGUUAGCAAAAGAAGUGUGCGUCUGCGUCUUAUAGCUGUGAUGGAAUAAGGAGACAGAUGGGUUGAAGCGUGAAUCGUACAGUUCUUGCUGCUUGUCACUCUCUGAUCUGGUUUCGUUGUAGAUGAGAUGGUUGUUAAUGGUUUGUGUUUGAGGCACGAUCCGCCUUAUUUUCUACCGAUCU